AAUAAAAUAAAUCCCUCACCAUUCUCUCUCUUUCUCAAUCUCUAUCUCUCUCUCUGAAGAAUUCGUUGAAUUUUCGCUGUGAUUUAACAUUUCAAAGAUGAUGUUGAGGUCAAGCGCUAAACCGCCACUCGCAAGGUCUCCGAUUCGCCUCCGUUCACGCCGCAAGCCUCUGCAGCCCGCCGCCGCCGACAACGUCGCUCGCACUCCGCCAGGUUCACUCACAAAAUCCCAGAUUCCCAACCGCAGCUGGGACAUGGAACAGUCCGGGCUUCGCCCCGAAUACCACACUAUUUCUUGUGAGCUAAGGGCCCUAGCACAAAUGGUGCACCAAGAGCUUGGAACAAAAGGGGGCCCCUCGUUCAACGAUGGAGGUUCUCUCGGGGGCCGAAGGAGCCCUCUGUUUGAGAGGGGCAGGAUGUAUGAUGAGUACUCUGCAAGAAGAAAUGAGAGGCUCUUCAAGAGAAAGGCAAAGGGUGAAGUUGAGGGGUAUGAGAAGAAGCCUGCCUAUGACCUUGGUGUUAGAGUUGAGUCUGCAAAGAAGAGGGUGGAGUCCACCAAGUUCGACAGCCGGAGGAAGGCGGCCGUGGCAGCUGCUGCUGCUGCUGCUGCCACCACGCCGCUGGCCGAGAGGCGGGAGGCACAGACCCCGAGGUAUUCGCUGAGGAGCACUAACAAGGAGAACAAGAAGCCUCCAAUCCCAAUGAGUAUGGAGAAGUGUGUGGGGAUUACUGAGAGGAAAGUUAGGAGGUCAACUAGGAAAGCUUGAAUCUUGUUAUGGAUUGUUUGAUUUUGCUAAUGUGUCAUGGUUUUACUUUGGAUAUUAUUUGUGGGAUUUAUGGUUAUGUGCUGAAAUAGCCUAUUAUUUUUAUUCUAGUUAUGUAGUAAUGACUAAUGAGGCUUAUGGUUUGCAUUUUGCUUCACCAAAUGCUAAUGGAUUUGAUGGAAUGUUAUUACCUGAUCAAUAGUUUAA